GCUUGUGAAAUAACGGUGAUGACUGGUCCCCACAUGCCUUGCAUCUCACUUCUGAAUUUCUUGCCUACCCCUGCUUUUGGCUGUGAGGAGAAUUGGGUCAGGGAGGUAACCAUGGAGAUGCUUAAGCAAAGUCUACAGCUCCGCUCCUGUCUCUCUCCAGAAACCUUUAAAGAUUAACUAGAUUGUCGUCUCCUCGCACUAGGGAUGGGAUUUUGGGUUUGAAUCAUUUGGGGCAGAUUUCUUUUUUAGGGGAGGGGGAAGGAAGAGGUGGUGUUUGUGUGUUUUGGAGAAGAAACAGGGGGGUCUUUUAUUCCUGUUAUACCUGGACACCGUUGUCGGACUCCUCUGUUUGCUGACCCCACCCAGGAACCCGCCCAAGACAGAGAGUGACUAGCUGACCAUGUUUAACGGGGAGACUAGUUCCUCCUCGGCUAAAAAUGUGGUCCGCAGCUCCAGCAUCAGCGGCGAGAUGUACAACGUCGAGAAGAGCAAUGGGGGCAACCCGGACUCGGCCAGCAUCACCUCCAACAAGAAGAGGCGCUCUAGCCUUGGGGCCAAGAUGGUGGCUAUCGUGGGGCUGUCCCAGUGGAGCAAGAGCACCCUGCAACUCAACCAGCCUGAUGGCGGCCCAAAGAAACCGCGCAGUACCAUCCGGCGGAGCACGGAAACUGGCAUCGCUGUGGAGAUGAGGAACAGGGUUACCCGGCAGGGCAGCCGGGAAUCGACCGACGGCAGCACCAACAGUAAUAGCUCCGAUGGCACAUUCAUUUUCCCCAUGACCCGGCUGGGAGCCGAGAGCCAGUUCAGUGACUUUUUAGACGGGCUCGGGCCGGCGCAGAUAGUUGGCCGGCAGACACUGGCGACGCCUCCGAUGGGUGAUGUCCACAUUGGGAUGAUCGAUAGGAGUGGGCAGCUGGAGGUGGAGGUGAUUCAGGCCAGGGGCCUCACCCCAAAGCUGGGUUCCAAGUCCAUCCCUGCGACUUAUGUAAAAGUUUAUCUGCUGGAGAAUGGGACCUGCCUGGCCAAGAAGAAGACCAAGAUGGCCAAGAAGACUUGGGACCCUUUCUACCAGCAGGCGCUGCUCUUUGACGAGGGCCCACAGGGCAGAGUUUUGCAGGUGAUUGUCUGGGGAGAUUAUGGCCGCAUGGACCACAAGUGCUUCAUGGGAAUGGCGCAGAUUGUCCUGGAAGAACUGGAUCUCUCCAACAUGGUCACAGGCUGGUACAAACUCUUCCCCACUUCCUCGCUGGCGGACUCCACCAUCGGCCCUCUGACGCGUCGCCUCUCCCAGUCCUCUCUAGAGAGCUCCACAAGUCCUUCUUGCCCCUAAGGGUCAGGACUCAGGGCGGGGGUGGGAGGGAGGGAAGGAAACAAGCUGGCCUACCAAAACGUUCGGUGGAACGGCUGUAAAUAUUCUGUGUCUGGUUUUGUUUUGUUUUUUUCCCUCCCUGAAACGAGCUGCUCUCGACAUGUUCUUCGCCAGCUGCAAUGUUCCACCACGCAGGCAGGGGACUUUAAACGAGAGGGGAAGGGGGCGGGAAGGAGAAACAAGAACAAACUUGUGAUGCAGAACAAGCGACGUGACUGACCAACAACCGAUCCCAAGACUGUUACCGCAUCUCAUCGAGUCAUAUUCAGAAAGGAGUCAAACUAAGGACCGUAUUUUUCAUCUGAACAGCUGGCGGGAGCGUCUUGGAUCCGAUUCAUUCAAUCCCACUGCAAGUAGCAUGUUAACUCUAUUUUGUUUUGCCUCCGUUUUGUUUUCCUGAUCAUUGGGAAAAAAAUAGCUUUUUUUUAAAAAACAAACAAACAAGAAAAAUGAAUAUAUUCAGCACUACUACUUUUUUUAACGGAAUGUAGCAUCUUAUGAUAUUAUGUAGCCUGCCAUGUGCUAAUUUAAAACACAUUCUCUCUCUGCAAUAUCUAGGAGGGACACUCUCCCUACCGACAGGAACCAUCCGCCAGUCACUUGCUGUUUUGGUAGAUUCUUAACACAAAUCUUGCAAGGUUGAGCAAGCAAUCUGUUGGUCACUUUUUUUCUUGGUAGCAUGUAGCCUGUGACAAAUGACUCUGCCAAAGCAGUAGGGGAAGAAAAAGGUGCAUUUGACCUGACUGUUAUUUAAGUGUGUUAUGGUUCUGACUUGAUGUUCCACUCCCAAAGUGUAAUAGAUACCAUGCCUCAUACAACAGUUCCAACUAGGAGGAGGUGAUGCAAAGGGAAGAUUGCAAUGAUGGUUGAAUUGAACUCCUAGUCAGUCUCAUCUUUGCUCAUUCACCCCCAUGCGAGGUCCAACUUGUAGCUGAAAGGUUUCCAUGCUCCAUUACUGCAUUUCAGGGAGCAAACAGAGGGUUUGUCAGAACAUAUACAGCCCAUAAUCAGAAAGAAGGGCUGAAUGCACCUUUUCCCAACCCUCGAUUCAUUGGUAUGCUGCAGGGAAACAUCUCAGUUGUACCCACUGUGGAUCUGGCGUAAGGGUGACGGAUAGGUUACAAAACAAACUAGAUGUUUUGAAUUUAUUACGAUGAGUGUUGUUUUUGUUUUGUUUUGUUUUGUUUUGUUUUUAAAGCAGCAUUCUGGUUCCCAAAGAGGACCAGUUCUUGUAGCAAAACCGAGAAUUAUGGAAGCUUUUUAUGAAGGUGCCUAAUGAAAUUUGCCGAAAAUACUCAGGGGAGACACCACUAGAAACUGCGGUUUCUUCAUUAAAAAAUAAAUAAAAAUUACACAAUGACUGUCCUGAAGGAUCAGUUUCCAAAACCAAGAGGUGGACAAGUGGUCAGACUGGAAAAAGACAUGAGAUUAAUGGGGUAUUUCUACCUAGCAGAUAUCUCUGACCUUCAGUCUUUAAUACCAACUAACCAAAAUCAAGGUUGAGUGUUUGUUUUUAUUAGUAUUGAUUGGCAAAAAGAGAAUUUCACAAUGCACAGAGCACAAGGAAUAUCCUAUGGUUCCUCUUGCAUUGCUAGCAAGGAUGAGCCAGCAAGAAAUUAUUACCGCAAAGAAACAAAAAAAGUAAACCUGAAGGGUAAGAACUUUGCUAUGAAACCAUCCCCUCCACAAAAUGGAAACUGCCAGUCGGCAAUGUACUUACUCUUUGGUGGCAGUCUUAUGACACACAACCACCAUCAAGAUUUCAGCAACUUUGUGUCAAGGAAUUUCAGCUGCUAUAAAUGUACAUUGAAUUUGCAACUUCACCAAACCAAAAUAUCUUGGGGUCACUGAGCGGGGACCAGGCUGGAUUCUGCUUAUUACAGAUAGAGAUAGGUCUGUUUGCUCCGCAGUCCCCAGGAUCUCAUGUUUUUCUUCCAAGGAACCAGAGCCUGGUCUGCUAUGGUGGAGGAGUGAUUGUUCAGUACAAGCAAUAUACACUGAUUUCCAAGUUCAGACUUAAAGGCGGUCCUGCUGGUCCACUGUACGGUUUUACCUUAGAGACGGAGUGGGUUAUUUGAGGAGGCCCAUUUUGUGCCCGGCUUAUUGGAACUGGAAGAAGGUGAUGACACGAAUUUAGGUUCCUUCCAGAGCAUGAUCCUGUUACCUGAUGUCCACCUUGGCUAGCUGGACUCGGUUUCUUUGCUCCUGAGUGCUGGAUUUUUGAAUAUGUAGGAGGGCAGGUGUCUGAAGAGGACAAGCUUUCAAGGAAGUGAUCUUCUCCUUCAGAUGAACAUCAUCUCUGCUUUUGCUUUGGCCACUCAAGUUUUAGAAGGGAAAAAAAAAGGACAACCCAGCCUUUCUUUGCUGGACAAAUUAGCAGGUCUGAUUUGAGUUGGAAGUUGAGCUGAGCAUUGAGAGGCCAGCUUGGACACAGUAUGAAAGCUUGUUAGAUGUCUUGUUCAUUAACUUGGACUCAAGUAAGCAGGUUCUUUCCCUUUCCUUCAACACACAUCAUGCUGUCUCUAAAUAUCUGAGUUAGUACCGUAGCUUCACAAACAAACAAACAACCCAUUAUUUUCAGAACCAAUGGAAGGGAUGUGGCAACUUCAACCCCAACCAACUCUUAGCAUAAUACUUUGCUGAAGAUAAAGUGGGGACGUCUGCAGAGACUUUUCCCAGGAUAGCACUCUAAGGCCACCUAGAACAAAGACAAUUGGGGUUGUAUAUCCACAACAGCGUACAAAUCGUACAGUCUCCAAUACGGUCUGCCACUCUCAUGUGAGCAGUAGCUGGAAAAAUCUACUCAUGUUGAUGUGUGGAAAAUCCAGUGCCAGAACAAAAGAACUGUAAUCUGAAGGACAUGCUCGGAUUCUCUGGGGAACAACCUGGACACUCCUGAGUGUUUGGGGUUUUUUUUAUUAUUAUUAUUAAUAAACAUUCUAUGCUUUGGAAGAUAACAAUGUAACUAGAAUCAGAACAAAUUUCACCCCGGAUUCCUUUUCAGUAUAAACUGAAGUCUUGCUGCUAGGCAGUAACUCUGAAAAGCAAAGCACAUGGAUUCGAGGGAAUGAUUCUUUCUGCUCCCCAAGAUGGGUUGGCAUAGCAAAGCCACCAUGCUGAGGACUUCAGAUGGCUGCCAUCGUCCUCUACACAAACUGUAGCCCCAUCAAAUCUUUUGUUGCUUCACUCUCAGCGCUGCCUGGCCAGCCCAACCCCUGGACCUCAUUUACAUUGGGGGACUUGUAGAGGGACAGGGCAAGUUUUAAUUUGGGUUGCAAAAAAAAAAAAAAAAGACAAUACUCAAGUAUCGUGUUUACACUGUGACGUCAGCUCCUUUUUUAUUUUCUUACACAUGAGAUCCAGUGUCAGACAUUUCCCUCACUCAGACAAAAAAACACUCAGUCCGAGCUGCUUUUCUACACGCUACAUAAAAGUCCCUACAGACCUAAUAGAGAACAAAGUUUCAGCUGAGGGGAGCAGGAGGAAAUGUUCUACUGCAAAAGGGCAUUUCUUGUCUGUUACGUGGUUUAUGAUGGCUGGCUGCAAGCAUUACUCAUCAGUUACUCAUUGCACUCUCUCCCCAUCAUUUCUUUGGUCAGGAAAGGAACCUCAAACCCACCCACAUGCCUCUACUGCCCAGGGGCACUGCUGAGGAGGGCAUUUGCAGACUGUCUGUUUUAGUCUGGGCAUAACCAGUGCCCAUGCCCCCCCAAAAAGGGGGGGCCAGAUGUGAGGAUAAUAAAUACUUAGGACUUCUCGCUGAGCUCACGUACACCAGGAAUGAGUUGGCAGAAGUCAGUGGGGUUACAUAUUAAUGCAAGUGAGAUCAGAAUCCAACCCCAGACAUCCUGGUGGAGUUAAAAGGAUAAGCGUGGCCCAGAAUGUUUCCCCUUUGAGGUCUGGUGCUAAAAACCUGCAACGAAGUCCAAGCAAAACCAGUUAUAGCCAUGUAACGCGGCGGGAGCACUGCAUCGUCUUGAUGUAUAACUAAAUUGCUGGAAGCUAGAGACAGGCCUGAUGUAGCAAAUUUAGAUCGGGAAAGUUUUGGUCCCUGAGUCCAGGAAACUGGCUCAGGCCCUUCUCACCUGGAAAUUAGCUCCAACUUAGCCUGAAGCAUUCCCACAACUGCUGGGGCUUGCUCCAAGCUCGUAACAAAACAUGAAGCUUUUCAUGCAGCUUCAGCUUUUGUUGCACACGUUUCACGUGGCCUUCUUGCGAGCCGAGGGCAUUAUUACACUGAAAGGCCAGAGCUCGUGCUAUGGCUCUGAAGGCACCUGUAACCAUGAGAAAGAAAGCACACCCAGAUGUGAUGACAAGCACUGGCUCACCCCACUGCUGCUGGAAGAUGCUGCAAAACACCAGUAUGUCCAAAAACAUAUACUCAAUGCAUGGGCCAGUGUAGCAGGUGAUUUCUGUCCAGCAUACCUGGUACAUAAGGCAGUAGCAAACAGGGAGGAAUGGCCUGACAACCAUCACAGUUCUGUCAGCUUCAUGGUAUUCUAAAAGGGAAUGAAGAAUUGGGGGGGGGGGUCAUCCAGCUGCUCUGCAGUUGCGUUUCUAAGUCCAUGAAGCUGUACCAGAAAAAGCCAUAGGCAGCUGAGAUUAGACUAAGUGCUUCCUGUACAGGUAUCUACCCCAGAUCUCCGCCCCCCUCUCUGACAUCAGGAACAAAUGUGUCACCUGGGGCACGCUUCUAUAGAUGAAGCUGAUUGGUUUUCAAAGACUGCGACGAAGCCAUUGGUCAAAGGAGUUGGGUCUGGGUUACCUUUGCUGAUAGGAGGAAUCCCAUUCUGUUGAGUGUCUUGGAAACUUGUUUGGUUUUAGCAUUGAGUUGACAUGACAAAGCCACAGCAUGUGUGUUUUUCUAAUGCACUUAUAAUUACCUUUGUAUUACUGAAAAGGGUGUUGGCAUACCCAGGAGCAGAGGAGGGCCUUGAACGGUACAAAGCCAUCUAUAUAAACAGCACUGGCUUUACUGAUUCAGGCUUAAAUAAUCCACCUCUGCUCGACUCUUACAAACCGCGUACAACUUUUGUGGAUUGGUGGGGCAGUUUGUGGAAUACGCACUCGUAUGCUUCCUCUGAGGAAUGUGUUUAACUGUGCUAGAAAAUACCAGCAUUUGAAGGGUUAAACAAGAGCUUUCAGCCACCAUGCCGCUUGGUGGUUGCAUUGGAAGCACAGAAGGACACCUUCUACAUCACAGAGGGCAGAAAGACAUCCCCUGCUUUCCAAAGGCUUCUGUAACAGCUGUUUCAGUUGACAGCCCGUUUCACAAGGGCGAGCAUAGGAAGAAGCAGUAGGGGCUAAACCAGUUGUUAGAGGGUCACGGUGUGCUAGAAAAGUUUGACUGAUUGUAGGGAAGCCUGCCCGGGGUGGCGGGGAGGGGGAAGAAUCUGCUUUACAUGUAAUUUGGAAGCAUGUGUGGCAGCUAGGAAAUAAAACAGGUGUGCUAGAGACCUGAAAUUAGAACCUUCACCACCGCAGUGUAGAAAGGAAAUUAUGUAAAAUAGAAUCUUAAGCGGUCACACCUAUAACAACUGUUCUCUGUGAAAUCAAUUACACCAAUCAGCAUCAGCCUGGGCCCAAGACUUGGAAAAGCAGGUUCUUAAGGCGAGAUCUGAGAACUGAGGAAAAGUUUUGUAAACGUUUGUCUCACUAUUAGAGUAAAGCUGUCGUGUCUUUAAAAAAAAAAAAGUCUUAGAUCUUGUCUAGUGUAUUUCCCUGGAUCCUGGAAGGUAACAUAGUAGCAUCACAAAGCUGUAGAACUUCAGUAUGGACACUACUUAUGCCGAUGGGAGGGGUUCUCCCAUUGCUGCAAUUAAUCCACUUCCCCAAGAGGUGGUAGCUGGGUCAACAGAUGAAUUCUUCAGUCGAUCUGGCAUUGUCUACACCAGGAGUUAGGUUGGCAUAGCUACAUCUCUCAGGAGUGUGGAUUUUUCACAUCCGAGAGAUGCAGCUAUGCCACUGUAAGCUGCCAGCGUAGACCACCCCCCAAAAAAGCAACUCACAGUUUGGCUACAAGCACAAGACCCAAUGACUGGUGCAGGCUCUCUACCCUUUCAGAACUCAGAUCAUUGGUAUACCUCAUGUUUUUAUAAUCAGGGUUUAGCACACAGUCUUGUAUUCUGGAUGGGUUUUUUAUUUUAAAUGUUGGUGACGAAGGCUUGCUUGUAGUAGGUCUGGUCCUUGCUUUGAUUGUCAAACUAGUGAUUGCUGAGCUAAAUGGGAAAUGAUGCAAGAAGCAGGAAGGUUUUCAGGACUGUUAGAAUUCAGCUAGAUAGUACACCAUCACUGCAAAGCUGGUUUUAAUUUCUCUUCCUUUCAUCUACCUGGGCAUCUCUAAAAGGUGUAGCCAACCCUGCAUCUUAUCCAGAAGGCUGCUGCUUAACUUGGCAUACAAGGAUGUUAGAGAAAUACUGCUUCUCUGCCUAAUGAGAUCUCCCCCCACCUUUUUUUAAAUAAAAAGGGCCAGGCGUGAAGUCAGUAUGUCUCCGAUGUGAAAAUGAAGGCACUCAAGUAGCCAUUGAGAAGCGAGGGUUUUGCUGGGAUCUUGCUCCAUCAUUGCAGCAUUUGCAUUUAGUUCAGAUGGAAAAAGGAAGUCUCAGAAACAUGCAAAAAGGGGUUUUAUUGAGCUCUGAAGAGUGUUAGCAAAUGACUUGGUUGUUUCUAAAGGGAUUACUGUCAAUUCCUGGAUAUUGACAAGACUUCCUAGCACUUGCGAGAAAGGUGGAUUUUUGUCUUAUGUUUAUUGCAAGGAACUUGAUGCAAUGUUUUCUGAUGCCAGAGAUGGCAUCUUAUUUUCUCGGGUUGUAGCUGCACUACCCUAAUCUGUAACCGACUGGCCAGGUGUUCUGGCAUCGAAUGCCUCUCGGACGUUAGCACUUUGAUGUUGGUGGCCUUGUUUUUCUUAGAAAAGGGCUUGAUCUUUUCAUGCAGUUAAAGCUAAAUAAAUUUCCCCCAUCGUGUUGUCCCACUCCCCACUUCAAACAAAAUAUUGACUCUAACAAAGCACAUGGAGCACUACAGCCGUGUCCAGCACCCACUGAGUCUGUCAUUAAUGGCCAGAGUUUAUAGCUUGACUAUAAAAACCUGCCACCGGGGGGGGGGGGGGGGGAAGAGUUGCUCGAGCAGCCCUGAUGCAGAAUUAAAGUCAGUCUUUGACAUUUGGCUAUUUUAAAGCUACAGCAAUUAAGAAAGAGGGUGGAGUUUUCAGAAAGACCCAAGGCCCAGAUCCCCCAAAGGUAUUUAGGUAUCUAACUCCUAUUGAAGUUAGUGGGCAUUAGGCACAUAGGUACUUUUGAGGAUUGGGGCUUACUUCACAUAGGAGCGCCAAUCCCCUCAAAAGUCAAUGGAAUUUAUAUUUCGAAGUUGCCAAGGUCUUUUGGAAAAGCAGAUGUUCACUUUCAGCUCCUACAAUAUUUUCAACUUGUAGCCAUAUAGGCCAUCCAUUUAAAUCUGGUCUGGGCUCUUAAUUUAAAAAGCAAGCAAGGGAUAGAGAUUCAAAGGGCCAGUAGCACACACUGGCAACAAGGAGAGAGUUUUCAUUGAGGGGGGUCCAAAAUUAAACACUCUUAAGCAGACCAGGUGGUAUCUUAGAGCGCUUCCUAAUGCCCAAGAGCCCUGCCUGUACAGCUAGUCAUUGCUUUAGAAAGUUGAAAAGAAAACAAGCUUUUGUUGUUUAGGUAGGUGAAGCAUUAUUUGGUUUAUAGAGGUAUAGGGUGAAUCAGUACCACCUUAUAUUCAGAUUAUCUAAACCUGUACUGCACCAGUUGUAACAGAUGGUUUGGAUCACGGACACCAAUAUGAGCAUUAUGUACGGACAGCCCAAACACCAUCUCCUGAACUCAGUACAGUAAUAGAAGGGGUUAGUGGUCCACUUGCAAUUGGCACUCCACGGUUUAAGAGGUUAGGCAUGCCUCAAAUGCCUAUUAACCAUGAUUUAAGAACUGUACAGAAGCUUUUUAAAAGCAACAGGCAUCUUGAUUAAAUGGCAGAUGGCACAAAGGACAUACACCCUAUUUUUCAUCUGAAAGUCAGAACAGGUAUGCAGUCUGUAACAGAACCUACUGCCCCUCUUCAGUGCUGGGAUGGCUUUAUUUUGAUAGGGAAGAACUAAUUUGCUAAAAUCAGAUAAGUAGGCAACAGGUUUGGGGAUUCCUUACUAAAUUAAUCAGUCUUAUUGGUUUUAUAGUUUUGAAAUAAGCUGUCUCUUAAUGACAGAUUCAUAACAGCAACUUUGUAUUGAAAUAAAUUCACAGAAGGGGUGAAUUACUGAUUUUAACCCCAAUUCCAUUGUUUAAGACAAGGGGAUGGGCCUAAGAUGGGUACUCAAGAAAGGUAAUAGAUUAAAAAAGCAAAUGGCAAUUUUAUACCUGUGCUAUGUAAUGUUUUAUAUGUGUGUGGUCUUUCCUAACGUAAAACUCUUGUAUUUUUGUGGUUUAUAUGCAGCAGGACUGAUGGAUUUGAGGGUGCACGUUAUUUUGUAAAAUAUUCUUAGCCAAUUUGCAAAGAAGAAACAAAAAUAAGAUGUUCAUAUUCUUCAUUGGCUUGUACCUGCAUGUACAGUAUUUGGGCAGCAAGUAAAGAUGAUUAAAGUCAGUUUGAAAACCUCUUUGCUUCACCUACAUUUGGGCUGCAGAACCUUUCAUAUAGGAAACUCCCUUAACCUUUGACUUCCAACUACAUGUUUGAGGCUGUUUGCUAGAUUCAAAAAAGUGAGCUGAAUUCUGCAAGACUCUUGAUACAAAGUAUGGAUUUGCUACUGCUGUUUUUGAAAUGGUCACCAUUGUUUGAUGCACAAGCUUAAUGGCCACAGUUCAGAGGAAAAGAAAAUGCAAUGCAAUGCUGGACAUGGUAUACUAUUCAUCUCUCAACAGCGAUGGCAGAGAAUACUUUAGUGGAUUGGGAAAAAAAACAUAUGCAAGUGACUAAGAACACUAUAUAGCAAGGUAGAUUUCUUCCUCACCAAGCCAUUGUUCCGGUAGCACCCUAAGGCAUGAGAACUGAAACCACUCAAAGUUCUCAUCUGGAAUAACUGCAUAUUCUUAUCAAGGUAUUUGCCUUUAUUAUCCAAUACCAGAAAAGUAUUUCAUUUCGUAUCCAUGUCAUUUAGGUUAGGUGACCCCUUUGGUUCUUGUACUACAGGAUAAAGAAAGUUUCAAGAGUUUGCCUUCACUACAUUUUAUACAUUUUCUGAUGCCGUUUCUCAUUUUCCACAAACCUUAUGCUAUCAGCACAACAGGCUCUGCACCGACCCUGCUUCUGUAGAAACACCCUGAAAUUUAGGCUAUUUUUCAUUUCUACUGUAUAUAUGUGCAGUUGACUAAAUACAGAAGCAGCAACUGCUGACCGAAGUGGAUGAUUUCACUUCGCAUUCUCCACCUGCCACUUCCUAGGUGCAGAGAAUUUGACACCCUGCCAUCUACAAGUUUAAUAAAAAUAUUAGUUCAGGAUGUUUUCCUACAAGGGGUCCUUGCUCUGGAACAUUUCGCCACAAUAGGAGUGCAUGCAUUAUCCAUGAAUCUACAUGACUGACCAGCAAAAAUGUAAAACAAGUUUUGCAAAUUCAGUGUGUCAAUUUCAUCUGCAAAAGACAUAGUAGCACUGUUGACAAACUGAGCAGAGAUGUAAUUUAAAGAUCACCUAAAUUUAUCCAUUCUUGAGAAGUUGUGGGAAACCAGAUUCUUUAAGAUUUAUUAAGAUAUUAAAAACUUAUCAGAGGAUCUGGUCACAGCAUUAUAACCCGACAGUUAAGACUGCUGUAUGGCGGAGAGAACAGAAUUGUGUGUACAGUGUUCAAGUUUUAUUUGCCUUGCUGUAUGCACAAUUUAGUUAAGAUAGAUGGAUUUUAGUUAACCAGGUGCAAACACUGUUGAUUUGCAAGUCACUUUUAAUUAAAAAAGUUCAAAUUUGCAUGUAGACAAGUCCUUAGAAUCCUGGGCCAGAUAAGCAGUACAGUUGUGUUCUAGUCUAAUAAAGUGGACAUGUUCCCAUGGACUAAAGGGAGAGCAAACAUUUGAUUAGGUAUCUGACCCCUGAACCCAGAGGUGAUUAACUCGUUGUAUCACUGAUGAUUUGACAGAUUCCAAAUGAAAUAUUUAAGAGCCAAAAAAAAUAUAAAGUCAACUGAUGUUUCACUGCAAUCUUUUAUUAAGGAAUUUACAUAUACACAGGAUAAAGUAAACCAAGUAUGUCUCACUUUUUUGCUCACGCUGAUGAAAUCUUUCAAAUGUAUGCUUUCUAGUGAGGUGGCUGUGAAGGACAAGAAAAACCUGCCCCCUCGCCCCUCCUUCCAUGCUUCGGUAUCAGAAUGUCAAGAGAAAGCUGGGAAUGGGGACUACACAAGAACAAAACAGAUAUGAAAAAAGUAUAAAUUAGAAUGUCAUGGUAAUUUUAAAAGUGUAAGAAAUACUUGUGAUGGGCUCUUGGCCCUCUAUAAAUUAAUUAUCUUGGUUAGUUCAUUAAAAGAUUUUUUUUGUUUUAAAUUACAUCAACACCACAGAUUAGACAGAAAAAGCCACUCUGAAGAAGUGCAAAGUUUCACAUUCCAAACACAGUGUGUGUCCCAUCUUGUGUGACACUCCUGUUUGGUUCCAGGAGGGGUCUUCAACAUGACUUUGGUUCCAAUGAAGAUUGACUAGACAAGCACAGAGAGGCCUCAGCUCGAAAGAACGCCACAGCAAGAGAGAAGAACAGAGGUGGCAAGAUUUAGGUUGGAUUAAAAUCCAGCUCCUCAGGGGCUUUC